AUGGUGUCAGGAACAGAAUUUGAGCUCUUAAAUAGUUUUCUCCUCUGCCUUCAACAGAACAACAAGCAAGUUGACACCUUCGAGUGCCACGGCCCUAGGGCAGUGAGCUGCCUGGCCACGGCGCAGGAGGGAGCGCGCAAGCUGCUGGUGGUGGGCUCCUACGACUGCACCAUCAGCGUGCGCGACGCGCGCAACGGGCUGCUGCUCCGCACGCUCGAGGGCCACAGCAAGACCAUACUCUGCAUGAAGGUUGUGAAUGACCUGGUAUUCAGUGGCUCCAGCGAUCAAUCUGUCCAUGCUCACAACAUUCACACAGGAGAGCUGGUGCGCAUCUAUAAAGGCCAUAACCACGCGGUAACAGUUGUGAACAUUCUGGGGAAGGUGAUGGUCACCGCUUGCCUGGAUAAAUUUGUUCGUGUUUAUGAACUACAGUCACACGACCGCUUGCAAGUCUACGGAGGCCACACGGACAUGAUCAUGUGCAUGACCAUCCAUAAGAGCAUGAUCUAUACUGGAUGCUACGAUGGUAGUGUCAGAGCUGUGAGGCUUAAUCUGAUGCAGAAUUAUCGUUGCUGGUGGCAUGGAUGUUCGCUGAUUUUCGGAGUUGUGGACCAUCUGAAACAACACCUGCUAACUGACCACACCAAUCCAAAUUUUCAGACCCUAAAGUGUCGUUGGAAGAACUGUGAUGCCUUCUUUACUUCUAGGAAAGGUUCCAAGCAGGAUGCGGUUGGACACAUUGAAAGACAUGCUGAGGAUGACAGCAGGAUUGAUUCAUGAAGCUUUUCACCUCCCACAUUGGGAAGUAAUUUUAUACAUCAGAAUUAUUCCAAAUAACACCCAUUUCUUACUCUAAUCUUUCCUUUUUUUCUUUUCCAACUUGGAAUGUAAAACGGGAGUGGGGCUCAAAGGCCUUGCUGCAGAGACUGCAGGUUGUAUUGCACUCUGUAGAAAUAAGGCUGGUCUAUUAAGACUUGGCCCAAAUGGAAGAUUACUGCAAGUUUUUAAUGCAUUGACAGAUAAGAAUAUUCCCCCCUCUUGUCUGCCUUGUUAUUUUGAAGAAGCAUAUUCUGAGAGUCUUUUGCAAGUCCAGAGGGGUGCUGAGAUUACAAUGAGUGCUGGUGUUUGCAAACUCACUUUAAAACCUGUUAAGUGUCUAAGACGUGUCUGUUUUUAUGUUGUAUCCAAUUUUUUAGCCAAUUUUAAUAAAAUUCUGCAAAUAGAAUAUCACAAAUUAUGAAAGUGUAACCUGAAUAUCCAGUGUACCUUUUGGCUUUCUUCAUAAAAAGAAAAGGUAUUUUAUGGAGAGCUGGAAUAAAUUAAUUUUUUUAAUGUUACUCUUAAUUUAUGCCUAUUUUUAUUCCUUGUCUAAAAAGUGCUAUAACUGGCACAAUACGUACAGACUGCCCUCAAAAAUUACACCUCCCGAGGUGUUUUUGGAGGAAGGCAGUCACUUCUUGAAGCGGUGUGCCAGUCGA